AUGGCUUCUGGAAGGCUUGGAGAGAUGCUGAAUCUUAGUGAGGAGCUUAUCAAGAAAAGUUGCUAUCUUUCCUUGAAGGCUCAGAACUUCCCAGAUGAGCUGCUUCUUGUGGAGAAGCCCCCUGCCUCAUCCCAUGCUUUUUUCUGCUUUCCAGGAUCAUGGUCUGUGGACAGUUGGUUUUCUGGAGAAAAAGCUUUUGGAGAAACAGUGAUCACACCUGCACUGUUUCCUUGUAUGAAAAGCAUAGGCAACCAUAAUGAAACUGCAAAACCAGGAGACCUAGAAUUUGCAAUUGCUUUCGUGAACCAAGCCUUUCUGCAAAAAUUUGAACAUGUUUUGCAGACUUCCCAGCUAGUUAAUCAGGUGCAAGACGCUAUCAAUGAAAGGAAGAGUAUAAUAUUUACAGGGCAUUCUACAGGUGGAGCAAUUGCUGCGCUUGCCACAAUCUGGUUCUUGCAAAAGUACCCGAAAACAAAUGCUGCAACAUUCUUCUGUGUGACUUUUGGAUCUCCCCUUGUUGGUAACCAUAUUAUUUCUCAUGCUCUUAGGAGGGAGAAUUGGUCUCAAUACUUCAUACAUUUUGUCAUGAGAUAUGAUAUUGUCCCUAGGAUUUUGCUUGCUCCUCUCUCAUCCAUUCACCAAGGAUUGCAGAAAAUUCUCCCCUUCUUCAAUCCGAAAUCGCCUUACUUUAGAAGCCAGAUUCUUGGAACAUCCCUAGAGGCCUGGCAUUUGUAUACAAAUGUGAUGAGGGAUGCAUCAGCUCUUACAACCCAUGUUGCCUCUCAACUAAUGGGGAGCACAAAUCAAGUGCUGCAAACUGUAAAACACUUCAUUAAGCUGAGCCCUUACAAGCCUUUCGGGACAUAUGUUUUUGGCACUGGGAAUGGGAAAUUGGUUGUCUUGAAAAACCCUGAAGCUGUGUUGCAAACCUUGUUCUACUCUUGUCAGUUAAACGGCGAAACAGAAUGGGCAGCCAUUGCCCACAAUUGCUUGAAUGAGCAUUUCAGCUAUGAGAAGGAAUUUCUAGGUGGUGAAUGUAGCUUAGACAUGCAAGAUGUGGUUUCUCUUGAUAAACUAGAAGAGCUCUGCUUAGGCUCAGAUCGUUACUUGGAUGAUCUUGGCUUGAGUGCAGAAGCUAGAUUAUGCCUUCGUGCUGCCGGAGAAUCAGAGAAGCAAAAAGGAGAAAACCAGAAAAAAGUUGAUGGAAAAAGGGAAGAAAUGAAGAAAGCAUUGGAAAACCUAGAACAAUAUCGAGCCUUGUGUGAGCACAAUGUGGGAUAUUUCGACGCCUUCAAGAUUCAGAAGGACAGGAGAGACUUUGAGGCUAACGUGAGUAGGAUUGUGUUAAUAGGGAUAUGGGAUGAGAUUAUCGAAAUGUUGAAAAGAUAUGAGCUUCCUGAUGAAUUUGAGGCUAUAAAAGAAUGGAUACAACUAGGAACCAGGUUCCGCCGUCUUGUUGAGCCUAUUGACAUUGCUAACUACUAUAGGCACUCCAAGGAUGAGGACACUGGAUCAUACAUGAAGAAAGGCAGGCCAAAGCGGUACAAAUACCUGCAACGAUGGCUUGAGCAUGAACAAAAACUGCCGGCAGGUUCCUGCGGGGAAUCGUGGUUUUGGGCAGAGGUGGAGGAGUUGCACAAACUUACUGGUGACAUCACAGCAAUCUACACGGAAAGAGAGAGAGUUUUGAAGCUGCAAAGAGAAGUAGGAAACUGGAUUCGUGAAGGGUUGGUUGGUAAGGACGUCUUAUUGAAGUCGUCAACCUUUUACAGUUGGUGGCAGCCGCUGCCUCCGCCACUCAAAUCAGAAAUCAUUUCAGGGCUCAUGGAUGAUCAAGGAAGCAUGCAAGAGUAG